AUGAGUUUUGGAGCCGCUCGAGACUCAGGCUGGCGUGUGGUAAACAACCCCUCCUGCUCACAGGGAGGGCCGUGGUGCUGCCAGGCACACAGCAGCGCUGUGCACGCAGCUCAGCGCCACGCAGCGCUCCCUGCAGCCACCAGCCCCGGACCCCCCACGCUGGGAGCAGCUGAUGCUCUGCGCCGUGACGGCCUGCAGCACCCCGGGGGGACGGGAGGCGUUGGCAGGGUUCAUCCACGGAAUGGCUCUUUGCAGGAAGGGCAGCAGACGCUGAGUUCCUCGUGCUGCACAGCUCCUCCAAACGAGCCUGUUACAGCUCUGCCUUCUGCCCCCCGCCCCCCCGGCACCCACCGGAGGCACCCCGUGCUGCUCAGCCCUCCUCCCGACCCGCGGCCGCACGGAUGGGGUCGGGGCUCCUCCAAAAGUGCCACCCGCGGAGCUCGCAGCGGCGUGGGGGAACGGGAGCGGCCGCCACCGGGCGAAACGAGGGACGGGCAGAGAUGCGGGUACCGCAGGGGAACGGGGCCGGGCCGGCCCUGCGAGGAGCAGGAGGCGCGGCGUGUUUUGGCAGUGGAGCGGCUGAUCCGGGAGAACGGGCACAUCUUCACCGAGGCGCAGUGCAAGGUGUGCAGCGCGCUGCUCAUCUCCGAGUCGCAGCGCCUGGCGCAUUACCAGAGCAAGAAGCACGCCAACAAGGUGCGGAGGUACCUCUCCAUCCACGGCGAGGAGGAGCUGGCGUCCGGGAAGAAGAUGAAGCUGGAUGCCAAGGAGAGCAAGCACGAAGGCACCAAUGGGGAGGACAGGAACAAGUGUUGUCCCAUCUGUAACAUGACCUUUUCUUCUCCUGCUGUGGCCACGUCUCACUACCUGGGGAAGACUCAUGCCAAGAAUGUGAAGCAACAAUCCCCUAAAGUGGAAGAAGUGGUGCCCCCACAGAAACAUCCUGCUACCCUCCCCACCUCUACUGUAUCUUCUAAUGAAGAGAAGAAGGACAUUACAGACCCAGACAAGUUCUGUAGCCUCUGCCAUGCCACUUUCAACAACCCCCUUAUGGCAAAACAACAUUAUGUAGGCAAGAAGCACAGAAAGCAAGAAACGAAACACAAGCUGAUGGCACGUUAUGGCCGAACUCCUGACGCACCGGCAUCGUCCUUCCUGGCUGGGAAGGGCUACCCCUGCAACACAUGUAACAUAGUACUGAACUCCAUAGAGCAGUACCAAGCUCACAUCAGUGGCUUCAAACACAAGAAUCAGAUGCCAGGAGCAGGGCCACUUGUAGGACCAUUCCCACCACAGCAGUAUGUCCGGGAAGAAACAACGGCUCCAGGAGGCUACAGUUACUUCAGCCAAGACUUCUAGAGCAAGCUGCAGCACUGUUCUUGGAGUUGUUGGUGGCCCAAGAACACACAUCCUUUGCCAGCCCACAACGGUUUCAUUAUCCCUCUGGAUAAGCAAAGCCCUACCCUCCUGUAUGCACCCGUUGAGCAGAACAGGGACUGAAUCUGUCCGAAAAAGGAUCCAGCUGGAAGAGACUUGGUAGACAGCAAAUACUUCACUCCCUUAGAGUAGUUUUCAUUGUGUAAUUGCUUCCUGUAAAGGUGGGUGCGGUGUGAGAGGAAGUGUGUAUCUGGUAUAAGGAGAGUCUGGCAACAGGCUGGUAACAUCUACCUCCUCCCUUACCAGAGCAAAUAGUGGAUUCCUGCACCUGGAGGCCAGCAGCCCGUGCUUAGAGGUGUGAAUGGGACACCUUGUGAGUUGCCUGGCUUUUUACAGACCUAACAUAGGAAAUGGCAGCGUGGCAUCUCUUGUCAUGACUCCUCUGGGCAGGUUUGUUUGCAGAACUCCUUGGGCCACUGAUUGCCAUCAGAGCCUUUCACAGCACUGCGGUUCAGGAGUUGUGUUGUUUGGUGUCUAACAAGUAGUCAUGAUUUGUGAUGUACAGCGCUGCUGGUGGGAGCGGAGGGCUGAUGGGGAGUUAGAGCUCUUGUUUCUCCAGGCAGCUCAGCCCUCUGCUCUGAGGAUUUCCACGUGGAAGGAAGAAACAGUUUAGCCUGGUUUCCUAUGGAAACAGGUGUAUGUGAUCAUUCACUGUGUGUGUCUUUACCCCUCAUAACUUAAAGCAAUCUCAGACAAACUUGGCAGUGGUGGAAAUCUCCGAGACCCAAAUGCAAUCAGAGGAAGGUGAACAGGAAGAAUCCAUCAUAGGUUCUGUGAGGGUCUGUGCGUAAGUGUGUUUUCUCUACUGCCAGCAAAAUAUUGAUAGAGAAGGAGAAUUUUAAAGGAAAAAAAAAAAGA